CCUUGGACCAUUAUCACACCAAGAACCAACCCGACGACGACCAUGGUGAUCUCCGACCCAAAUGACGCUCGGAAACGGCUGCUAGACGCCAUGGCACAUAAGAGCAAGCAGAAUGUGAGCUGCCAUGUGAACACCAUCGGCACAUUCGACCGGCCCAGUGUCCAUGACAUCGGGGUCGAUCGGUCCAUGGCGAUGAACUCGGCGGCGUUCAAUCAUGGACCACCCGCCACCGCUGCCCCCAUAGGCAUUCCAAGCAACUUUCUUCGCAACUUGUAUGGUUUCCUGAACAACAAUCUGUUGCCGGACACGAUCGCGUGGGACGCUGACGGUCGGUCGUUCUCGAUCUUGGAUGCUGACAAGAUGGAGACGUCCCUGCCGAUGCCAAACCUGUACCGCGGUCGGUUCAAGACUUUCAAAAUGCAGCUGGAGAAGCACGGGUUCGUGAAAUCGUCCGACGGCACGCGAUACUUCCGACCGGACUUUGUCAAAGGGCAACCACAGCAACUCGGGGACGUCGACAUGUCGUCCUCUUCAACCUCUCCCUCGUCGUUUGACGAGCUCAUGGACGACGCCGCACACAUGAAACCCCUGAGCUUGGAAUGCCGCAUUCAACUGCCAAAGAAGCGGCGACUACACGAAGAAGGAAGGACAUCCGACCCCCGCACGCAACCCUUCUGGAACUCGCUCCACGACAACUUUCACACGAUCAACUCCACGUCUGGCCUGCUGUGUAGCGUAAACCUGUCCAAACACCACCGCUUCGGCGCACCCGUUUCAGUGCCGCCUUCCGCUUCGGCUGGUGCAUCGAACAUGACAUCCUCCUCCAUCCCGUCGCUGCGGCCGCCGCACCACGACACCGUCCAAGCCCGCCUACCGUCCAUCAACCGCGCGUUUCCGCUCUUUGGACUGAACAAAGCAGAAGCCUCGUCCAAUACAAUGCAUCCUGGGCCUCCUUGAUAUAUAUAUAUAUAUAUUAAUAUAUAUAUUAACACUUCAAAUACACCAAAAAAAGUCAU